CGAGUGUUUGGAUGUAACAAGUUUCUUUGAAGGCAACCAUAAUAUUGCUAGCCCCGGUCUUCUUUUCUUUCAGUUUUGGAAAGCGCACCUGUCCUCUUUGUUCUAAAUCUGGUACUGCAUAGCUCUGAUUUAUAGAACUGUAGUUCUUCUCAAACUACAACGUCCAAUCUUGCCGAACUUUUGUUUUUUUAAAAAAAGGAGAACAAAGAUCACGUGGCCCAUGUGUGUCUCUAGUCUCUACUGUGCUCUGCAUCCACGAUUCCUUGUCAAUCUCCCAUCCUCCGAGCGCUCACAUUUCUCUGCGAUCCUUCUUUUCACAAGCGAAAAGAAGGGGAAGAAAGAAAAGCACCUUUUUGUUAUGAAAGGAAUCUGAUGGCGAUUUGCGAGGGCACAAAGCUGCUCAUAGCAUUCCGCGAGCCACGAGUGCCUGUCAUUCCAGUUUCCACUCUCGCAUCCGCUGCUCAUCCAGGAAAGAUCCCCGCCAAAUCCGAGGCGGCAUCAGGUUACUCUUGUCCGCCACUAGCGCCGGGGACCGAAUGUGGCUUCGCGGCGCCCCUGGUGGUUCGGCUUCCCGCUUCCCUCUUCUCACCGUGGCGUCGCCGAGCACAUGACAAGGUGUUAGUCAGCUCGGCUCUGCUCGCCAUUUCGUUUCGUCCCCUCGGACGCUUCGUCGAACAGUUGGUGUGCGGCCACCGGAGCAGCAGGAGCGCUUGGCGAAAUGGACGGAAUUUGGAGUCAGGAAACCAACCAGCAAGCUCUCAGGGUUUCUGGACGCCAGCUCUGCUUCCCCAUUUCAUUCUUUGCAGAGUUUAACUGAAAGAGGCCCUGUGCAGAUCAAAGGUCGUCAAGAACGCGAUACUCUCUCCCUAGUCCUCGGAGAUGGGCUAUGCUCACUUUGCCGCCCUGCUUCUGUGUGUCUUCAUGUUCGCCAGUGGAACCACCGCCGAUAACCAGAAUAGCACCGGUGAUCCCGCGAGGCCGGCAGAGGUGCGCAUCGGUGCGCUGUUCACGUUUGACUCAGUUAUUGGGAAGGCGGUGAGGCCCGCUAUUGAGCUUGCUGUCGCACAUGUCAAUUCUGAUCCUAGUAUACUCCGGGGGACGAAACUCAGUGUUCUUAUGCAGGACACCAACUGCAGUGGAUUUGUUGGCACCAUAGAAGCGUUGCAGCUUCUGGCUAAAGAUGUAAUCGCAGUAUUAGGUCCACAAUCCUCGGCUGUUGCUCAUGUCAUUUGCCACGCUGUCAAUGAACUCCAUGUCCCUCUUAUCUCUUUCGCAGCCACUGAUCCUACCCUUUCUUCCCUUGAAUACCCUUAUUUUGUGAGGGCUACACAAAGUGAUUACUACCAAAUGGAUGCUAUCGCAAGCAUCAUUAGCCAGUACCAAUGGAAACAGGUCAUCGCCAUAUAUGUUGAUGAUGACUAUGGUAGAGGUGGCAUCAUGGCACUAGGUGAUGCCCUUGCAAAAAGAAAGUGUAAGAUGGUCUACAAAGCUAAGUUGCCACCUGGUGCUGCAAAUACUACAAUCGAGAAUAUCUUGAUGCAGGUAAAUGAAAUGGAGUCGCGUGUCUAUGUUAUCCACGUUAACCCUGAUUCUGGUCUUAACGUGUUCUCAGCUGCAAAAUCUUUGGGGAUGAUGAGCAGUGGCUAUGUAUGGAUAGCAACAGACUGGCUUUCUGCAGUGAUGGAUUCAUCUGUGCAUGGUACUACUGAUGUGAUGGAACUUACACAGGGUGUUCUCGUGCUUAGGCAGCAUGUUGCUGAUUCUGACAUUCAAAAAGCAUUGUUGUCCAAGUGGAAUAAUCUUACCAGGAAUGGCAGUUCUUACUCAAUGCGUGCUUAUGACUCUGUAUGGUUAAUUGCUCAUGCUGUUGAGCGAUUUUUGAGCGAAGGGAAUGCGAUAUCUUUUUCUGCAGACCCAAAUUUGCAAGCUACAAAAGGAAGUAACCUUCAGUUAGAUUCUCUCAGGAUUUUCAAUAAUGGAAAUAAACUACUGGAGAACGUGUGGAGUGUGAACUUCUCAGGGGUUUCUGGUCCAGUUCAAUUUACCUUGGACCGGAAUUUAAUCCACCCAGUUUAUGAUAUUCUGAACAUUGGUGGUACAGGAUUAAGAACCAUUGGAUAUUGGUCAAAUAUUUCUGGUCUCUCAGUUGUUGCUCCAGAACACUUAUAUUCAUCAGCAUUGAACUCUUCAACCAACAAUGUACAGCUCCAUAGUGUUAUAUGGCCUGGUCAGAUUUCUGAGAAGCCUCGUGGCUGGGAGUUUUCAUAUCAUGGGAAGCCUAUGAGGAUUGGAGUACCUCUCCGAACGAGCUACAAAGAGUUUGUUACACAAGACAAUGGACCUGAUGGAGUAAAGGGGUUUGCAGUUGAUGUCUUCAAAGCUGCAAUAAGCUUGUUGCCCUAUCCAGUUUCUUGCAAUUUUGUUUUAUUUGGAGACGGUUUGAAGAAUCCUAGCUAUACUGACCUUGUUCAGAAGGUUUCUGAAAAUUACUUCGACGCUGCAAUAGGGGACAUUGCUAUAGUGACGAACAGAACAAGACUUGUUGAUUUUACCCAGCCAUAUAUCGAAUCAGGUCUCAUUAUUGUAGCUCCAGCAAAGGAGGUUGAAUCAAAUGCUUGGGCUUUUCUGAAACCAUUCACCUUCCAAAUGUGGUGUGUCCUAGGUGCUAUCUUCCUCUCUGUUGGUGCAGUUGUUUGGGUACUUGAACACCGUACUAAUACUGAGUUCCGUGGACCUCCAAGGCAACAAAUUAUGACAGUGUGCUGGUUUAGUUUCUCUACCAUGUUCUUUGCACACAGAGAGAACACAGUCAGUGCACUUGGUAGAUUCGUGCUGCUGAUCUGGCUCUUUGUUGUGCUGAUUAUUAACUCAAGCUACACCGCAAGCUUGACAUCACUUCUCACAGUUCAGGAGCUGACAUCAGGGAUUCAGGGCCUCGAUAGCUUGAUCUCGAGCUCAAGUGCAAUUGGUUAUCAAGUUGGAUCUUUUUCCAGAAACUACCUUGUCGAUGAGCUCAAUAUUGCCGAGUCCCGUUUGGUUCCACUAAACAGCCCAUCAGAUUAUGCAAGAGCUCUUGAGCUAGGAUCUGGAAAUGGUGGUGUGGCUGCAAUUAUCGAUGAACUUCCAUAUGUUGACAUCUUCUUGUCAAAAUACUGCAAAUUCAAGACAGCUGGUCAGGUUUUCACAAAAAGUGGAUGGGGAUUUGCCUUCCCAAGGGACUCCCCUCUUGCCGAGGACUUGUCAACAGCAAUUCUGACACUAUCAGAGAAUGGCAAUCUCCAGAGGAUCCAUGAUGAAUGGUUAAGUGGGACAGAGUGCAGUGCAGACAACAAUGGGGCUGCGUCGAACUCCUUGAGCCUGUCAAGCUUCUGGGGCCUCUUCCUCAUCUGUGGCCUUGCAUGUCUCCUUGCUCUUGUGAUUUUCUUCCUUCGCAUAUUUUGCCAGUACAGCAGGUAUAGUAGCCAGGUGGAGGUUCAAUAUCCUGAGCCCCAGAUUGUAAAUCGACCAGCAAGGCUAACUACCAUCAAGUCGUUGAUAUCGUUUGUUGAUAAGAAAGAGGAGGAGGUGAAGAAUGCUCUCAAGCAAAGACCAAAUGGCAGUCAGCAUCCAAGCAUAGGCAAUACGGCUACAGAAGAACAAUCCACAUAACCAACAUAACAUCUUACAUCACUGCAUUACUAUCUAUACGAGAAUAAUGCACAAUACUGCAUUGAAGUGGAAGUUUUCCUAACACAAAGGCCUAGUUGGUGAGGAAGGGGUCUUCUUGUCCGUGGGUUGUUCUGACGUCUGACUGGAAAACAUAGCAUCGAAAGCAGCUUCAGAGUAUUGCCUCAGGAGAAAUACAACAGCCCUCGAGUUUUGUUUUUUUCCAACAGCAAAAAAUCUGGAUCUCCUUGUGGCAAUUUCUGGGAAAAGUAGCACUAGGUUGCAGCUUCAACUUCUGCCAAGUUGGCCUUCUUGGUUUUGAAGUAACUCCUACAGAAGUUCAUCUGCUUCCAAGUAAUCUGGGAAGUUAGAAUCUUUGUUUGGUGUGGUACGUGGCCAGUUGUGCAUGACCUUUCAACUUUUUUUAAGAAGUCACAUAUCUACCCCCUUUCCGCUGCAACUAUGCAAGGAGAACAUUCAAGCUCUGACCUCACCCAUUUUGUUCAGACUCGCAUCCACCCUGAUUAGGGAUUUGGAUAGCAGCACUCUGAACUAGCAUUCUGUUAUGAAAAGAAGCAUUUGGAUCA